GCUGUUGCAGCAGCAGGCUCUUCCUCUCAGUGGCACUGUGUUCUGCCAUUACUCCCCAUUCCCCUGCAAAGGGAAUUUUUACAGCUGUUUCCUUGCUUGUGUGAUGAAAUCACAUCACUCAUUUUUGCCCCCCUGUUUCUGUUUUUUCUCUCAGUGCCUGCAAGGACUGGAUUUUCUUCACUCCAACCAUGUGAUCCAUCGAGAUGUGAAGAGCUGCAACAUCCUUCUCAGAACGGACGGCUCUGUCAAGCUGGCUGAUUUUGGCCUUUCUGCUCAGCUCACCCCUGAGCAAAGUCAUCGUCGCUCGGUGGCCGGGAUUCCUUGGUGGAUGGCACCUGAAGUGGUGCUGUGUCUACCAUAUGGCCCCAAAGUGGACAUAUGGUCCUUUGGAAUUGUGGGAAUUGAAAUGGUGGAACGACAAGUCCCUCAUGACAGUAGAGGUUCUCUCUCGGUUCAACUCCUGAUAGCCAAAGGAGGGACCCCACAGCUGCGGCAGCCCAAACUCCUCUCAGCUUUGCUGCGUGACUUCCUGAGCUGCUGUGUGCAGACAGAUGAGGCACAGCGCUGGUCUGCUGAGGAGCUCCUGCAGGUAAAAUGCCAAGGGGCUGCAGGUGAAACAGUGGCUGAAGGAUGGUGGCUCCUUCUCCGCUGAAUUCCAAGGCAUCAGAUGUGCCCCCCUCCUCCUCCCUUCCAAUCUUGGUGCUGUUCAACUGAGAAUGGUGAGGAAUCCUAGACUGGGCAGGGCUGGCAGGGACCUGUAAAGCUCAUGUGGUCCAAGUGCCCUGCAGGGAGCAGGGACAUCCUUAAAGAGAACAGAAUACUCAGACCUGAGCUAUUUCCAGGGGUGGGGCACCUACC